AUGAUGAUUAGGAUCAGACAUCCGGAGGGCACCGCCACCUUCAAGCUCACGCCCGAAACGUCGUUGAAAUCCCUGCAGGCCUUUGUGCAGGAGCUCUCGGGCAUCGAUCCAGUCAACCAAGAGCUCAAGACCGGCUAUCCUCCCACCACCCUCAGUCUGCUGGACCAGCCUGAUGACCUGCUCCUCUCGUCGCCACCGCUCAAGCUCAAGCCUGGCGACCAGGUUGUCGUAGCCAGGAAGGCGGGAUCAAGCUCGGCGUUUUCGGCCCCGCAGCCGCAGCAGAGCUCCUCGGCAUCUGCCUCGUCCGUUGUGCCAGACAGUCGGCCUCCAUCGCAAGCGACGCCUGCCUCGACAUUCGGACAUCCUUCCCUCACCGCCAGCCAGCCGUCUCCUCCUUUGACGACGCCCACCAAGAGGAAAGCAGCAUCUGUAAAGGACGGCCAAGUAGCUGUGCCAGUCGAUGGCGGGGACGGAUUCCUGACCCUCAAGGUCGUGCCCGAUGACAAUUCCUGCCUCUUCAACUCGGUCGGCUUCCUGUUCGAACAGCGGCUGGGCAGCGACAUCUGCCAGAGGCUGAGGGGCAUCGUUGCCGAUGCCAUCUCAGCCAAGCCACAGGACUAUCCCGACGUGGUUCUCGGGCAGUCGCGGGAGAGCUACAUCUCCAAGAUACAGUCGCCGCAGGCGUGGGGCGGUGCCAUUGAGCUGUCCAUCCUCUCGGACCACUUCAAGGUCGAGAUCGACUCCAUCGACGUAGCCUCAGGCGUGGUGCAUCGCUUCGGCGAGGAUCGAGGGUACGAGAGUCGCGGCCUGGUCGUCUACUCGGGCAUACACUACGAUGUCCUCGCGCUGCUGCCAAGCCCCGACUCGCCGGCCGAGUUUGGCACCACGCUGUUCCCCUCGAUGUCAUCCUUGGGUGACGCUGCGCUCGACGUCGGCAGCGACCCGGUCCUCCAGGCAGCUACAAAGCUGUGCGACGAGCUCAAGAAGCGGCGCUACUACACCGACACCGCCACCUUCACCCUCUGCUGCAAGAUAUGCGGCAAGGGCGUCAAGGGUGAGAAGGAAGCCGUGCAGCAUGCCAAACAGACCGGCCACGGCGACUUUGGCGAAACGUAG